AUGCAGCAGAUGGAUUUGGGACAGAUUCGUGUUUGCCUGGACCCUAAGGACCUCAACAAAGUCCUUAGGAGGAGCCACUACCCAACCCCGACAGUUGGAGAUAUUCUACCUGAGCUUACCAGGGCUAAAGUGUUCUCCACUUUGGACGCAAAGAACGGUUUCUGGCAAAUUGAACUUGACGAUGACAGUUCACGCUUAAAAACGUUCAAUUCUUCCUUUGGAAGAUUUUGCUGGUGUCGCCUGCCCUUUGGUCUUUGUUCAGCCCCCGAGGAGUUCCAACGAAGGCUUAACCACGCACUUAACGGCCUGACGGGUGUAUUAACAAUUCAUGAUGAUAUCUUGAUUUUUGGCGAGGGGUCUACAGUAGAAGAAGCACUGACAGAUCAUGACAACAAUUUCCACUCCUUAGUGCAGAGGUGCCGGGAGCAGAACAUUGAGUUGAACCAGGAUAAGGUGAAUCUGCGACGCAAAGAAGUCCCAUUUAUGGGUCAUGUGAUUUCAGAGAGGGGUCUCCAAGCAGAUCCCGAAAAAAUUAAGGCAGUGUUGGAAAUGCCCACGCCAACUGAUGUGGCCAGUGUUCGAAGGUUUAUUGGAUUCACAAAUUAUCUUAGCAAGUUUUUUCCUCGAUUAAGUGAUGCAUUGGAGCCCUUCCGUAAGCUCUUUUCACCAGAUGCAGAAUGGUUCUGGACUGACAUACAUGACAGUACUGUCCGACAAAGCCUCCCCUUACAGUGCGAUGCAUCAGAUAAAGGACUGGGUGCCAUCCUACUUCAGAAGGGUCAGCCUGUUGCCUAUGCGAGCCGUGCGUUAACCGAUGCAGAGUCUCGGUACGCCCAGAUUGAGAAGGAACUUUUGGCGGUCGUUUACGGUUUGGAAAGGUUUCAUACUUACACUUACGGUAGAGAAGUGUUCGUAGAAUCAGACCACAAGCCUCUGGAAGUUAUUUUCAAGAAGUCACUGCAUCGAGCUCCGAAGAGGCUUCAGCGCAUGCUCAUGGGAGUUCAGUUGUACAACGUCAGCCUUGCCUACAAGAAGGGCUCAACCAUGUAUCUGGCCGACACCCUAAGUCGGGCUUAUUUGCCCUACGAUGGAAGCCAGGGUAUCGCUUCAGAGGUUGAGAGCAUCAACAUGACGCAGCACAUCCGUUUGAAGCCGAGUACGCUUCAAGAAGUUAAAGACCACACGCAGAAGGAUGAUGGCCUUCUAGAACUGAUUAAAGUCAUCAAGGCUGGUUGGCCUGAAACUAAGGGAGAGUUGUCUCAUCUGGUGUUGCCCUUCUUUGACGUUCGAGAUGAGUUGAGCGUCUGCGAUGGUAUUGUUAUUAGAGGAGAAAGAGUGGUGGUCCCAAAGUCGCUGCGUCGAGACAUGUUGUAUCGUCUGCAUUAUGCUCAUAGUGGAGUUGUAAGCACCCUUUUGCUCGCUACAGAAAGUGUACACUGGCCAGGAAUGAGCGGUAAAAUCAAGCAGUUUAUUGAAAUGUGUGAUGUCUGCAGGGCAUUUGACCGGAAGCAGCCCAAGGAGACUCUCAUUCCUCAUGAAGUUCCCGACCAGCCAUGGGCGAAAAUCGGAGUUCACUUGUUCACAUACAGGGGUCGAAACUAUCUCAUUUGUGUUGACUACUAUUCUUCGUUCGGGGAAAUCGAUUCCCUUCACAAAACUACUUCGGAAGCGGUAGUACAGAAGUUAAAGUCGCACUUUGCAAGGCACGGAAUCCCGGAGACGCGUGUAUCAGACAACGGUCCUCAGUUUACAUCAACUGAAUUUAAGGAAUUUAGCCGCCAGUGGAACUUUGUGCAUGUAACGAGUUCGACAGCUUAUCCGCAAAGCAACGGAAAGGUAGAAGCGGCUGUUGACUCAGCUAAAAAUGUUAUUAGGAAGUCAAGAAAAGCCAGAACAGACCCAUAUCUCGCUCUCCAAGAAUACAGAAACACGCCCAGUCAAGGGUUGGGCACCAGUCCAGUGCAGCGGUUGAUGUCAAGGCGCACAAGAGCACAACUACCCAUCAUUCCUAAGCUUCUCAGGCCAGUUGUCCAGCCCAAGAUCCAUUAG